AUGCAAAACAACUUGCAGCCCGCCGUUCUUUUUAAUAAAAAUCUAACAGACGACUGGCAAAAAGUUUCUGAUGAAAUGAAAAAAAGUAAAGGGUGGCGAGUCAGAUGUACGCUAUAUCAAUUUAUGAAUUAUUCUUUAUGGAUUCCUUUGAUCGUAACCCUCAUAUUUUCGAUAUUUUCAGAUAUUGAAGCUACGCCUGGAACUCCUGGGGAUAUCACUUUCCCAAAACCAAAUAUUACAUUCUUGUGCUUUUCUCAUGAGCAUUGGGACUGUUUGAGGAAUGAGAGAGAGAAAAAGAUGAUUAUUCAAAAUUUGACGGAUAG